CACUCUAAAAGUCUCUCUGAUAAAGAAAAACUCUCUGCACUUUUCGUUGUUAGAAUGGGUUCAUCAACUGAGACCUCCAUUGCCACAACCAUCUCCAAUUCUUCACCUCCAUCUCCACCUCAAGUAAUAGUAAGUCCUUGUGCCGCCUGUAAAAUCCUUCGCCGGAGAUGCGUCGAAAAAUGUGUACUAGCUCCUUACUUUCCACCAACUGAACCCUUAAAGUUUACUACUGCUCACAGAGUUUUUGGUGCUAGCAAUAUCAUCAAAAUGUUACAGGAACUCCCUGAAUCACAAAGAGUUGAUGCAGUCAGUAGUAUGGUUUACGAAGCGAAUUCCAGAAUAAGAGAUCCGGUUUACGGUUGCGCCGGAACAAUUUGUCAACUUCAUAAACAAGUGAGUGAUCUUCAAGCUCAAUUAGCAAAAUCUCAAGCAGAGGUUGUUAAUAUGCGGUGUCAACAAGCUCAUUUAGUAGGCCUACUCUGCAUGGAAAUGAAACAACAUUCUCAAUAUCAGCAGCAGCAGCAGCAGCAACAACAACCCACAACCAGUACCAUAUCGCCUACUUCAUCCUUAUCGUCUUUGCAAAUGCAACACGAUGUUGAUGAUUUUCUUUUUAAUACCAUCACUACUGAUUCCUCAUCUCCGGAUAACAGUUUUGAUGGGUUAAUCUCCGGCGACGGGAAUCUGGGUUCAGAAUGGGAAUCUUUAUGGUGAUUAGUUUGAAAACUAAGGAGAAGAAUAUACAUCAUUAGCUUCAUUCAGCAAUAGCAUUAAAAUUUUAUUGUCCCUAAAUUCUGGUUCAGGAAUUACAAGUAUAUUUCCUCUUAAUUAUUAACUCAUAAUCUAAUUGUACUUUUGUAUGAAGGAGAAAAUUAAGAGCAGAAUAAGCAUCUGUUUUAUAUAUAUUUAUUGAAUAAACAUAUUUAUUACGC